CUAGUUAAAAAGUACAUGACACGUUACUCUUCGCCUCUCUGGUCUCAAAAGUCCUUUGCUUCUUCCAGCCUUAGCUCCAGCGACCAGCCGCCUGAAAGGCAUCGGCCAGGUUGGGAACGAACUGAAGAGACAGAAACGGCCAGUCGGCUAGAGCGGCCACUGCCAUACUGCCGCUCUCGCCUUUCUUUCGCUCUCUAUGGUCAGAGAAGCUCAAGCCCCUCCUCCGCCCGGAAAUAUUUAUGUUGUCUGACGCUUGCGCAAGGCCAGAAGGUAGUUCCGGUUCCGGUGUGGGGACUUUCGUUCCUGGUGGUCGGUUGUCGGGGUUGGUGGUUAGUAACUGCCAAGAUGCGGAAUCUGCUGGCUCUUCGUCAGAUUGCCCAGAGGACCCUAAGUACUGCUUCACGCAGGCAGUUUGAAAAUAAAGUUCCAGAGAAACAAAAGCUAUUUCAGGAGGAUAAUGGAAUUCCAGUGCAUCUAAAGGGUGGAGUAGCUGAUGCCCUCCUGUAUAGAGCCACUAUGAUGCUUACAGUUGGUGGAACAGCAUAUGCCAUAUAUCAACUAGCUAUGGCUUCAUUUCCCAAGAAGCAGGAUUGACUUCAGUUUAUCAUCUCAGCAGGCAGUUGGUUCAGUUUCAUUCAGCUCUCUAUGGACCAGUAACUGAUAAAUAAAUGAGUUCUUCUUUGGGGAUCAAUAUUUAUUGACUUAUACUAACUGCCACCAAUAAAGCAGACUUUACCAUG